CUGACUUCUGAGUCAGUUAAGUUCUUUGGUUAAAAAAAUUAGUUUGUGAGGAAACUGAACAUUCAAUUAUUUUUCAGAAAGCAAUGUUUUUGUUAAACAGAAAUUAACCAAAUAAACCAACAAAAUGAAAUCCUUACAGUGAACCUCAAUCCCAGCAAGACUUAAAGUGUAUCUGCCUUGCGGUCAUUACUGCCAUGUAAAACACUUCCCCAAGCCCAACACCCCACAACACCUGGGGCCUCACCUCUACCUGGGGACUGACCAUAUUAUAAUUAGGAAGGCUUGACUCAUGAAGAAGGGAACUGCUUUAGUGGACGAGUUGGGCCGAUCCCUUUAUUGACUCCAUUAGGAUGGGAGAUGGGCGUUGGAGGGAUGGGAUGAGGGGUAUAAAGGGGCCGGCUUGGGAAUCAAACCCGAUUUCCAGAGUCCCUUCGGGCUUGGAACAUGCCAGAAACAUUUUCCCUGCUUAGAGCACUGUGCUGAAUUUUGUUAAACUUGUGAUUAAAUCGUCAUGAAAGCUUACACGUUCAUUUAAAAAUUAUUCAGAUAUGCACCAUUAGGGAUCAGGCUAAUAGUACCAGACCUUGAGUUCAUUGAUGACCGGUCUAGUCCCUUAAGUAUCGUGGUAAAUGUUAAUUGAACAAAUUCCAGUUUAUAGCCACCCACUUUUUGUCAUCUCAGUAUUUCAGUUAUUGAAAAAUUAAGUUCUAGCUUUUAAGGAACUUUAAAAAUCACGAGUUUUAAUUUUAAAAAGAAAUUCUCUCUAAGACAUUUUUCCUCGUCAGCCUACUUAUUUCCAGUGCAAAUGCUAAACUAAUAGCUAGGCUAUUAUUAGGUGAUUUUGCCAUCUUAAAAUCUUUUGGUUUCUGAGUUCGAAGAAGGGCGUUUGGGGCAAAUAUGUAAGAGAGGCUGUCAGGAACGUAAUAGUGCAAACACUAACGUUUUGUUUUCAUAGUUGUUUGGCCACCUCGCGAGAUCCAGUGAACCGGAGGAGUUCCUGUUUUCCCCUUUUAAUUGUUGUCAAUCUAAUCUUCAAAGUCAACAAAGCUAAAAUCGAGCACCCAGAUGGUUCACUUCCCCAGAGGGGAUCAGAUCAUGAAAUAAACCCCACCAAAAAAACGCUGGAGACAGCCCACAGAGAAAAGUCCCAGGAAAUGAUUUCCGGUUGAUGGUGGGAGGGGCAGCUGAUUUCCGGUCGAAGGACAGGCGACGGCUCUUGCGCAAGCGCGCUUCGCACAUUGCUGGCUUUUUUUUUUCUUUCCCCUCCCCCUCCCUCUCCCAAGCCGGAGGGGUCCUGAGGUGACAGCGCCUGCAACUGAAAUUUUAGCAGCGGGAGAAGAUGGACAAGAGAAAGCUCGGGCGACGGCCAUCUUCAUCCGAAAUCACCACAGAAGGAAAAAGGAAAAAGUCAUCUUCUGAUUUAUCGGAGAUAAGAAAGAUGUUAAAUGCAGAACCAGAGGAUGUCCAUGUUCAAUCACCACUGUCCAAAUUCAGAAGCUCAGAAUGCUGGAAUCUCCCUUUGCAGGGGUGGGAAAGAAGCCUAAGGAAUAAAGUCAUCUCUCUAGACCAUAAAAAUAAAAAGCAUAUCCGAGGGUGUCCUGUCGCUUCCAAGUCUUCACCAGAAAGGCAACUCAAAGUUAUGUUGACGAAUGUCCUAUGGACGGAUUUAGGACGAAAAUUCAGAAAGACCCUACCUAGAAACGAUGCUAAUUUAUGUGAUGCCAACAAGGUGCAAUCAGACUCAUUGCCUUCGACAUCUGUUGACAGCCUAGAGACAUGUCAAAAAUUAGAACCUCUUCACCAAAGCCUUAAUUUAUCUGAAAGGAUACCCAGAGUUAUAUUGACGAAUGUCCUGGGAACGGAGUUAGGAAGAAAAUACAUAAGGACCCCACCUGUAACCGAGGGAAGUUUGAGUGAUACAGACAACUUGCAAUCAGAGCAACUUUCUUCAUCAUCUGAUGGCAGCCUAGAAUCUUAUCAAAGUCUAAACCCUCACAAGAGCUGUUAUUUAUCUGAAAGGGGCUCACAACGAAGUAAGACAGUAGAUGACAAUUCUGUGAAGCAGGCUGUGCACAAUAAAGAAAAACGAAGAAAGGAUGAUGACAUUUCUCUUUUAAUGUCUGAUACUCAGCCUAAAGACCUUAACAGUGGAAGUAGAGGUUGUGAUCAUCUCGAACAGGAAAGCAGAAACAAGGCUGUUAAAUAUUCUGAUUCAAAAAUGGAACCCACUCUGAUUUCCAGGAAGACAAAGAGAAGGCUUAGAAAUAAUUUACCUGAUUCCCAAAAUUGUGCUUCUUUGGAUAAGUCAACAGAACAGACAAAAAAACAAGAAGAUGACUCAACAAUAUCCACUGAGUUUGAAAAGUCAAGUGAAAACUGUCAUCAGGAUCUAAAACUGCCUGAAGAAAUUACAACGAAACCUACAAAAAGUGAUUUUACUAAACCAUCCUCACUUAACAGUCAGGAGUUGACUUUGAGUAACACCACCAAAAGUGCCUCUGCCUGUCCAACCACUGAAAUUGUUGAGAACUCUAAUUCCAUUGAUACUGUGGGGAUUUCUUCCCUGGUUGAGAAGGAUGAGAAUGAGUUGAAUACAAUAGAAAAGCCUAUUCUAAGAGGACAUAAUGAAGGGAACCAAUCAUUGAUCUCAGCUGAACCAAUUGUUGUUUCCAGUGAUGAAGAAGGACCUGUUGAGCAUAAAAGUUCAGAAAUUCUUAAGUUACAAUCUAAGCAAGACCAUGAGACAACUAAUGAAAAUGAGAGUACUUCUGAAUCAGCAUUGUCAGAACUACCGUUGAUUUCACGUGAAUCUGUACAGAUGUCAUCUGAAUUAUGCCCAUAUAAUCCUGUCAUGGAAAACAUUUCCAGUAUUAUGCCUAGUAAUGAGAUGGAUCUACAACUGGAUUUUAUAUUUACUUCUGUUUAUAUUGGUAAAAUUAAAGGAGCUUCUAAAGGUUGUGUUACAAUCACAAAAAAAUAUAUUAAGAUCCCAUUUCAAGUGUCGCUGAAUGAGAUUUCAUUGCUAGUGGAUACCACACAUUUAAAGCGGUUUGGGUUAUGGAAAAGUAAGGAUGAUAAUCACAGUAAAAGGAGUCAUGCUAUUCUUUUCUUCUGGGUCUCUUCGGGUUAUCUUCAAGAGAUUCAGAACCAAUUAGAACACUCUGUAUUAAGCCAGCAAUCAAAAUCUAGUGAAUUCAUUUUCCUUGAACUACACAAUCCUGUUUCACAAAGAGAAGAAUUGAAGCUGAAAGAUAUUAUGACGGAAAUAAGUAUAAUCAGUGGAGAAUUAGAACUUUCUUAUCCAUUGUCUUGGGUUCAGGCAUUUCCUUUGUUUCAGAACCUCUCUUCAAAAGAAAGUUCUUUUAUUCAUUAUUACUGUGCUUCAACUUACUCUUUCCCUGCUGGUGUUGCUGUUGCUGAAGAAAUGAAGCUGAAAUCAGUAUCUCAGCCCUCAAACACAGAUGCAGCCAAGCCUACUUACACCUUCCUGCAGAAGCAAAGUAGUGGUUGCUACUCCCUUUCUAUUACAUCUAAUCCAGAUGAAGAAUGGCGAGAAGUCAGGCACACUGGACCUGUUCAGAAGUUGAUUGUUUAUCCUCCACCACCUACUAAGGGGGGAUUAGGAGUAACUAAUGAAGAUCUGGAGUGUUUAGAAGAAGGAGAGUUUCUUAAUGAUGUAAUCAUUGAUUUUUACCUUAAGUAUCUUAUAUUGGAGAAGGCAUCAGAUGAACUUGUUGAACGAAGUCACAUUUUUAGUAGCUUUUUCUAUAAAUGCUUGACAAGAAAGGAAAAUAAUUUAACAGAAGAUAAUCCAAAUCUUUCAAUGGCACAGAGAAGACAUAAAAGAGUAAGAACAUGGACUCGUCACAUAAACAUUUUUAAUAAAGAUUACAUCUUUGUACCUGUAAAUGAGUCGUCUCACUGGUAUCUCGCAGUCAUUUGUUUUCCCUGGUUAGAAGAAGCUGUGUAUGAAGAUUUUCCACAAACUGUAUCCCAGCAGUCCCAGGCUCAGCAGUCCCAAAAUGACAACAAAACAAUAGAUAAUGAUCUACAUACUACUUCGACACUGUCUUUGAGUGCAGAGGAUUCCCAAAAUACCGAGUCGAGUAUGUCAGUACCAAAGAAAAUGUGUAAAAGGCCAUGUAUUCUUAUACUAGACUCCUUGAAAGCUGCUUCUGUACAAAACACAGUUCAGAAUUUACGAGAGAUCCUAUUGUUAAUUUUGAACUUCCAAUUCAUUUGGAGAAAUGGUUUCCUCGUCAUGUAAUAAAGACCAAACGGGAAGAUAUUCGAGAGCUCAUCUUGAAACUUCAUUUACAGCAACAGAAGGGCAGCAGUAGCUAGUUAAUCUGUACAAACAUGACACAGAUGUUCUCUAAGAUUACUGGAAAGCCUCUUACUAGCAUUUGUGUUAGCCAGCUCACAGAGAAGAAAAUAACUUGCAGUAGUUUUAUAAUAAGUCAUUGGAACAUUAUUUAAAAUACAUAGGAUAUAUUAUUAGAAUUGUUGGGAUCUUAUAAAUGGAGUGGGAAUGAGGGUGAUACAGAUAAACUUAUUAGAUAUAAAUUAAAAUUUUAUAAAUAUUUCAUAUUUUUCUGAGUAAAUAUGCUUGGAUUAUGCAAUAGCAUAUGUAAUAUGGAAAUGUUUUGUAGAUAAUAAAACUUACAUGAUCUGUACUUCCACAUGACUGGGUGUUGAGGGGAGUGAAAGCCUCCCUGGUGCCAGCCCCAGUGCUUGUCAAAUUUGUUGGCAAGUCACAUCAUAUUGUAAUUCUAUUCUUUGCAGCUCAAGCAUGCAGUAUGAAUACUGUGUAUUUUUUAAAAAAGAAUUUAGUAUCAAGGCUUCAGAAAAUGCCAUUUAUGGCAUCCCUUCUGUAUGUAACAAAAAGACAUUCUUAAUGUUAGGAAGAUUAUAAAAAUUCGCUCUUUUAAAGUGCAGCUUAUUAUUCUCAAUUGCUAAAUGCGAUUACGCUGCUCUUUUUUUUUUUCCAUUUCUUUUGAUGUCAUAUGUGAGCCUCCUAUAAUUUAGUUCAUUUGUUCAGGGUAAAAUCUGAAACAAAAAAUUUUACCUGUGCAAAAUAGUUUUUUAAAAAUUAUCCAUGUAGCUCGACUUGAGGUACUGCUAUAUAAAUAUUCACUCUUACAUUAUCAUGGAAUUUAUGUAUAGUUUCUGUAAUAUACAAGAUAAAAUUGAUGUCCUCAUAACUUUAACAAAGAAAACCCUCAGUCCUAUUUAUUAAUGGUUAGAAUUAAAUAUAUAAUUUUAUAGCUCAAUUUACCCAGUAUUCAUUUGCAAAGCCAGAUUGCUCUUACUGCUUUUAUAUUUUUAAAUUGUAGCUUUUAGAGACCUAUGAUCCUCAUGGAACUUAAUUUUUUAUUAAAUAUUCAGGUAACAGUUCUGAAUUCAUGUGAUAAUGGUGGCAUUGUGUAUGAUUAAGCACUUCAGAACUUUCUAAUGUUAUCAGGAGUAUUUUGAGGGAGAUAUGAUUAUAUUGUAUUUUCUCAGAUAAGAAAAAUGUUUUUUAACAAUAUUAUUUUAAUCUGUUUUAAGCAUCUCUUAGAUUUACAUUAUAACUAUAUAAAGCAGUGAAGCAAAGGCAAUUUAAGAUAAAGCUAGAAAGUCUGAACAUUUUAUUUCAAAAUCAUAUGAAUUGAGGUUGUCACUUAAGCCUCAGUAUUCUUAGCUUUUGAUUUUGUCGCUAUCUUUAUAUUAUUAAAGAUAUUUGUCUUUUGGAUAUUUCAUAUAAAGAUGGCUAUAAUUACAUAUUUCAUUCCCAAUUUGUGUGUGUUGGGGGGUACUUUUAAAGGUGACUAUUGUUUUGUACAUCUAAUUUUGGGAAAGCAAGUCUAUAAGUCAUCUUGUGAUUUCUUAAUGUUUUUGUUUGUAUGUUUUUCAAAGAUACCACUGUCCUUUAUCAUGUUUUGAAGAUUGUUUAAAAUUCGUUUUCCUAAAUUAAUGUGCAAAUAAUGUUUUGAGGAUAUCAGUGUUUUAUAUUAAACAUAUUUCCAAUUCAUUAAAUUGAGGUGUAAUUUUUUUCCUUAAGAAACAUGAGUUACUGUUAGAAAUAAAUUUCCAGUUGUAUGCUG